UGCAUUUCACUCCAAGGAGAGAGAGAGAGAGAGAGAGAGAGAGAGAAGUAGUAGUAGUAGUAGUAGUGCUGCUGCAGGAAACUCGGUGCACCUUCAUCACAUCAUCAUCAUCAUCAUGCACGAGCCGGAGGCAGAAACAGCAGCAGCUCCUGCUGCUUCUUUACUCUAGACUGGAGGAUUUUCCCCCAGCUGCACGCAUGGGCACCGAGAGACUCCAAGGAAUAAUUUAAAGGAAAAGAGUUUUGCGCACCAGGUGCAGAGAGGAGCUGCUCUGCCAUCAUGGCCGGCCAGGAAUGGACUGACUGGUUCGAGCGGGAGGAACUGAUCGGUCAGAUCAGCGACAUCCGAGUGCAAAACCUUCAAGUUGAGAGAGAAGUCGUUCAGAAGCGGACCUUCACAAGAUGGAUGAACCUGCAUCUCGAGAAGUGUAAUCCUCCACUGAUGGUGCACGAUCUUUUCCGUGACAUCAGAGAUGGGCGGGUUCUCAUGGCCUUGCUGGAGGAGCUGUCAGGAUGCAGGCUGCUGCAUGAAUUCAAACCGUCCGCACAUCGCAUUUUCAGGCUUAAUAACAUAGCCAGGGUAUUGGCAUUCCUGGAGGAAAGAAAUGUAAAGCUGGUCAGCAUUGAUGCGGCAGACAUCGCUGAUGGCAAUUCGUCCAUUGUGCUCGGGCUUAUCUGGAAUAUCAUCCUGUUUUUCCAGAUAAAAGAGCUUACAGGAAACAUAAGGAACCAAUUCCCGUCCACUUCCAGCCUGUCGUCCAUCCCAACCAGCUCGGACUCGGACAUGUCACAGUCCAGCACACCGUCAGAUGAGAAGAAGCCUUCAAUCGUUGCCAGGGAUCAUGGAAAAGCCAUAAAGACACUCUUGCACUGGGUCCAGAGACGUACUAGGAAAUAUGGCGUGGCGGUCCAGGAUUUUGGCAAGAGCUGGACAAGUGGUCUGGCCUUUCUUGCAGUCAUCAAGUCCAUUGACCCCAGUCUGGUGGACAUGAGGAGAGCUCUGCUCAGGUCGCCCAGAGAAAACAUUGAAGAGGCCUUCAGGACGGCACAUUACAGCCUGGGAAUCCCACGACUUUUGGAGCCUGAAGACAUAACCCUGAAUCGUCCUGACGAACAGUCCAUAAUGACCUACGUGUCCCAGUUUCUGGAGCACUUUCCAGGAAUCGAGGAGGACGAGCCUUCGGAUAUCCUGGAGAGGAAUAAGGUCAGUGCGCGGAUGACAGAGCCGCCAGUUAAGAAUGGAGUUCAGAGGAAGAGAGAAAAGUCAAGUGUAGUGAAGAAGGACUGGGUUCAGCCUCCACCCAAGAUCUUUAUCUCCUCAGUGGUGAAAGAUCAAGAACAAAAACGUUCCCCUGUCCCACUCCAAACAGUAGAUGACCGACCCUGGGACAGCGAGGACUCCUCAGUGGGUUCAAGCCCAAGCACUACAGAAAAUCGUCCUCUAAGUCGCCCCCUGGGCCUGAACAAGGAUGCCUCCUCUCCUUUGAGCUCCCCUCAGCCAUCUCUCAACGACUCAGCUAUGGAUUUUCCAGAAUCGUGGGCUGAGACGCCUAGCGAGCUUCCACAGUCAUGCAGCAAUGACUCUCUGAGAGAUUCCACCUCAGCAGGAGAUCUGACCUCACUCGGAUCUCCACUUGAAUCAGAGAGGGGCCUGCAAGAUCAGGUAGAUUCAGAGUUGUUUACUGAUGAGGGAAACUUCUCGCUCAGCUUAGAGGCUAGAUCCGCAUUGCUCUCUGAGGAGGAGGAUGCUUAUAGGUACAUUUUAGAUCUAAAGGAGGAAGAAUCUGCCAGUGACUUGCCCAAUGAGGAUAUCAUGAAAAACUCAAAUGCCAAGGAACCCUGUCUCGAGGUGAAUCCAGAUAAACCCAUAUCGUCUGAUCCUUCUUAUGGGGAUAGUGACUCUGGGUACUACCCAGAUCAGAAGGAUAUCUCCAUUACUCAACCCGAUGAUGUCCCAGAGAGUUUGCAGUCCCCUGACUCUAACAAACCCAUUGCUGUUGUUGAAAAUGAACCAGAGAACCUAGUUGAAAAUCGCGAAGAAAGUCUUGAGCCUUUAAUCACUGAACCUGUACAGAAGAUCCCUACGGAAUCAGAUCAAACAAACAUGUUUGAGGAUGACCUAGAGUGGCCUGUCGUUCAGUACGAGAGGAUUUCCAUUUCAGGGAGUGAAGAGGACCUUGAAGGGCUUGGCACAGAGUUGCGUGAAGAACCUCUUGAUGAGGCAUUGGGGGGAAUCCAGAUGGCAGGUGUCUUGAGCGGCAGGAUGGAGGAUGGUGCCGAAGAGGAAAGUCAAGGUUUCGGAAAGACCGUAUAUAUAGAUCAGGUGCAAGAACCAGAGCGGGACAGUGCAGAGGCAGAAAAUAAAUCAGAUCAGAUCGCUACUGAGUAUGAGCUUUCUCAGAUCCCAACACACAGCAGCCAGCCUGGGGCAACAGAUACUGAGGCAGAGAUCCAAGAAAAAGAGGAACAGAAGUCUGGCAAUGAGGAUUCAAGCAAAACUGAAGAGCAAACAAUGAAAGAUUUGCAUGAAUCCUGCCAAGAGCUGACUGACAGCCUGGUGGAGACAAACUUUCCUGAGGUUGAAGAAGAGAACUCAAAAACCAGUCCUUUGAAGCAGUCCAAGCAAAUGGGAGAAAACGAUGCCGGUGAUGAAGAAACAAAUCAAGGUGACUUGAGUAUUGUUCAAGAGGACAUGGUCACUAACAGCAAGUUGGAGGAUGACCUGAAUGUACCCCAAAGUCUUCCUAAUCCUGAGGUCAUGCCUGAAAAUGGGACCACUGACGAGCACGAAGAGGACAUGAAAGAAGACGAUGCCUCAUCCAGUCAGCAAAAUACAUCAGUAUCUACGACCUCUCCGAGUAAUGCCCUUGUAUCUGAUGUCCCCCCACCUGAGGCCUUGGACGAGCCAAAUCCCGGUGCCCCAUCCUGUGAAGAUGAUGAGCAAUCCUUCAUCCCGCCGUCACCCAGCACAGUAGAACAGCCAUAUGAUGACGAGAACAAAGCACAGGCCGCUUGGGAGGAGAGCAAGAUUGCGGAUACGGAGCGUUUGGAGAGGUACCGUGCGGAGCUCCGGCUGUCGCUCAGCGUGACUCCGCUGCAGCCUGCACCCUCGCAACCUGCGCUUACUGACUCUGACAGUGCGCAGGAAAAGGUUGAUUAUGGGGUUGUAGAGUCUCCGGGACAGAGUCCGUUUGGACUUUGGGUUCCACACCCAGGAGAAUGGGGCCUGGUGGAGACGGACCUGGAUGCUGAGCUCGAGCGCAGGAACAGGGAGGAACGGGAGAACCGAGAGGAACAGAAGAACCAAGAGGAACGGCAGCUCAGGGAGGAACAGGAGAACCGAGAGGAACAGAAGAACCGAGAGGAACGGCAGCUCAGGGAGGAACGGGAGAACCGAGAGGGACGGGAGAUCAGGGAGGAACGGGAAAACCGUGAGGGACUGGAGAACAGACUCUCUGCCGGAGAAAACACAGACACACUGAGGAAAGUAGCUGCCAGCGAACGAAGCACUGGAGAUGAAAACCAGCCACCGGCAGUUUUGAGAGUACCAGAAGUGGCAGACGUGAAAGAAGUACAGCAACCCAGAGAAAACGGAGAAACCCCCGCUGCCAUGGCGACGAAUCAUGCAGACGAAAGGUGUGUGAUGUGUAAUAAGAAGGUGUGCAGUCCUGCACGUCCAAGUCCACAGCGUGCAAAUCAGCCGGCGCUCUCAGAAAUCGACUUCCUGCUGCUCAUGUGGCUCCUCCUCUACUGCCUGUUCGUCCUGCCUCACAUGGACAUACGGACGAUUUCCCGCUUCCUGCUCAACCUGGACGAAUGAAAACACGGGAUCAGAUGAACUAGCGCAGGAUUCUGCUCGCUUUCUUCCACAGCUCGCGUACCCCGAUCGGACAUCCUGGAAGAAACUGACAGCACGUUGCCAUAUUUGUACAUUUUAAAUCCUCAUGACUAAUCGAAGGGUGUGUUUACCGUUGAGGGUUUUGGUUUUUUUCCGGCAUCGGCCGACAGGUUGCCAGGUUUACAGCUGUCCUUUAGCCUACACACUGCAUCUUCUGGACACGAAUGCUUUAAUAAGUCUAUACUUUAACAAGAAGAUUAAUAUUAUGGAUAAUAAUCAUUUUUUGCAGUUUUGGCCUUUGGUAUGGUGAUGCUUAUGCCGUUUGACAUUUUGAUUGUGCACUUAUUUUUAUUUUUUUUUAGAUUAAGCUCGUAAAUAAAUUGCCAUCGCCAGUAAGGAGUUAUACAACAACUGCGUUCAGACUGUAUUCUGUUUUUUUUUUUCCCUAGAUAUCAAGUCUUGCCCUUUAAAAGAUCUUAAAGGUCCCUAAUUUUUAUUAAUAAAAUGCCAUCAUUUUAUAUUUUAUUUUAUUUUAACUUUUUUUUUUUUUUUUUUUUUCUAAAUUUACAUUAUCCAUUUUUUAAGCCUAGAAUUUUUUGGUUUAACCUCCACGAUUUCAUAAAAUCGUCAUGAUUUUAUUGAUUGAUAUUAUUUUUGCUAAUAAGUUGUAAAAAAUAAAUAAAUAAAUAAAUAAAAAGUCGUAUGUAUAGAAAGCAAGUCUUUUAAAGGCAAACCCACCCUGAGCAAAGUCCAUAUUAAUAUUUAUAAUAUUUAUGAGCAACAAUACAAACGUCGGCGCCGUCAGAGAUUUAUCGUCUUAUCUGUGACGUCAGAGCGAGUAACAAAAUAAUAGAAAUUUCAAUAUAAACACUGAAUACACGUCAGGGGUGGAGUUUUCCUUUAAAACAUAUCGUAUGAUAUGACGAGAUGAAAAAUAUGUACGAGUUCAGAUUGUAUUUAACACCGAUAAUUCUAAUAUCUUUUUAUCAUCGACACGUGCCUAAAUGCUGGGGAGGAUUUCUAUUUCUAUAUUUAAAAUAAGAAUAUCCCGAGUGGUCCUCUUGAAAGCAGCCGAAAUCAAUUUCAAUUACAAAAUGCACUUUUUGUUUUUUUUGUUAACGAAAUCCACUGCGUUUAAACCAAGCUUCAGAGGUGUCCAGUUGCACUUUUCCGGAGCGCCAAGAAAUGACCGCCAAAGAUUGAGUUUUGACGCUAGAGUUCAAGGGGCCGAAGGAAGCUGGAUUUCGCUAUUCUUUUCAUAAUGAAGUAUUUCUAAAGUGACAGAGCUGUCGUUCUAUAUUCGCGUGUAUAUAUUUCUCAGCACAUAAAUCACAAAAGUCUACACUGCUCGGUUUGACCCGUUGCUGAGGGUGUUACUGAAUUAUUUUUUAGUGAGGUCUUGUAUGUAUCUGGUAUUAUAUAAGCCAUUUCGAAGGAAGUGCUUCUCUUUUUCCUCUUCCUGUUCCCCUUUCUAUGUGUAGAUAAGUUCUAAUCCUUUCCCUCAUGCUGUAUGUCUGUCCACUUUGACGUAAGCUCAGAAUACCAUUUGCUAAGCACUGUGUGUGGCGUUUAAAAGUGAAGGCAAACUUGUUGGAAAUUGUCGAAAUCUUCUAAUCCUGUCGAAGAAACCGUCGACCAGGCCCGCUUUCCACGAUCUCUGCAUGAGGAUUUUGUGGUUGGCGGAAACAAGUGCGGAGUUUUGUAAAGCUAUCUAAGUAAAUCGUGCUUCACUUUUGUAUUGAGCAUCCGUGUGCGAAUAAAUAACAUGCCU